ACUACAUGGACCUUGUACGCCUGGUUAUCUUCGGAGCGCAGCCGGACAACCACGAGUCAGCCACGGUAAAUGUCGUACUGCGAUGUAACAUGCCGGGUAAGCCCGGCGCGUAGCCCAGACCUCUUGGCGGCCUCGAGCGUGUAAGUGGCAAUUCGAGAGAGCACCGCUUUUCCUCUAUGUUGCUCGAUGGUCGAUGGGCGUAACUCCUGCCAGAAGACAACAGAGCGCGCGCACGCUGCGGUAAGCACACAACUUGUCAUUUCUGUGCAGCACAACCGAGGCGUCUUCAUCGGCGAAACGACACGCCUAAACCAGUGCGAGAAAGUACAUAUGGUUUAUUAUUCAUACAGAGGCCUUCGACUGCCAUCGGCGCAUGUGUGCAACUAAGACAGUUGACCUUCGAAGGCAGCGUCUGCUGCUCCUUUCUUUUGCGAAGCGAACGCCGGCGAACUAAAGAAGGCCGUCGUGAGGUCGAGCAUUCGGUCUGAACCGAGGUUGUGAAGGGGCCGAGGAUUGGAGCUCCCAAGGACAACUGCGCCUAACCGCGCACUGGAGCGGCAUACACCAGCACCGGCACCGACUACUAACUACAGCACCGGCCACGGUGGUGCCGUCGUCGACGCGGCUGGAAUGCAACAGGAACCGGUGCACGCCGUUUUGUUCGACUGCGCCCGGCCACGCUCGAACUGGCAGCGAGGAUGCGCGUUCCCCGUCGCCGACGUCGCCGUCACUGCAGAGCCCGGCCGCGGUGAUCAUCACGGCCGGUGUGUGUGUGCCGUCUGUUGCUGCACACACACACACACACGGCAUGUACGCGUAUACGCACGUACCGCGAGAGCAGCGUACACGUCGCCGAGGCCGCGAUCGCUCGCCCGCCCACUGCUGCUGCUGCUGCGACUCUCGGCCUGACUGCAGCUGUGCCUGAUACACACGAGCGCAGUCACGUACGUACGAGAGAAGAGCCAAACCGAGUGUCAUGUGACUACCUCUGUUUUUUUAGCCGAGCGUUCUGCUGCCUGUUCCAUACGUUGUGAUCAAAGACGUGAUGGUGUUCUUUCGGACGCCUUGUGGUCUCAGAGAAGAACCGUACCGUGACCCUUCGUGAAGUUGGCUUCUGGAACGUGUUUGUAAUCUUUCUGGUGCCACGAACUGUCGCAUCUGCGGCGCCGAUUAUUCUGAGCGGACAUAUUGAGCGUGAUGGAGAACUACCGGCAGUCGACGCUGAGCCGGCUGACGGCCUGGUGCCUCUGGUUCGGCCACCUCAUUCUGCACCCGACCAGUGCCUGGAAGUCGAGCACGCUGUGGCACAAAGUGCAGCUAUUCUUCUGCUACGUUCUCAGCUGUAUAUCUGUGGGCUACCACGAGAAGAAGACACUGCUCGAGUGGGUAAGGAGCCGCGUGAAAAAUUAUCCCGUUCCUGACAACUUCUCUUCGGGCUGGAAGGACGGCAUCCUGCUGUGCGCGCUGCUCGAUUCCAUGUACCCGGGCUCGUGUCCUCGCUACGACCUGCUCAACGCUGAUAACUGCAUCAGCAACGCUCAGCUGGCCUUCUUUCUCCUGGAGAAGCACACGCCCAUUAGACCGGACAUCACCGCAGAGGAGCUGGCUGAAGGCAGCCCCAACAUCGAGAAGGCUGUGCGUGCCAUUGUUUCUCGGCUGAAGGUGAUAUCCGCCAAGGCUCAGCUGCAACAGGCACUGGGCAAACGGCCUUCCAUAAAGGACGACGGCGGCGAGGACUCUAGCAGCCUGGUGGCGCGCAAGAACUGCUUCGCCAAGGGCAUGGGCCUCAUCCUCGCCGUGCGAGGACGCAAGGCCAGCUUCAACGUGUUCACCAAGUCCACCAGCAACUUCUGCAUCGUUGUCGAAAUCCGCGGUCCCGACAACACGGUCUGCAAGGAAAUCAUCACCAACAAGUCACCGCGACGCAAGGUCACCGCGAGUAGCCCGGAGGCCGACAAAAGUGCGCUGAACGGAGCUGGUCAGGACGACAAGAAGAUCCUGAUCGAGUAUGACAUCCAUCCGGGUAUGGUGGCCGUCAAGUACACGCCCGUUCUUAAAGGCAAGCAUCAGCUGAGCAUCAUCUGGCACGGACAGCACCUAGCCGGAAGCCCGUUCACGGUGAACGUGGACGACUCUACCGACUACGCGGACGACUUGCUGCUCCAGAGACAGGACUCGGUCGACUCGCAGAGCUCCGAGAAAGAGGACAAGCUUUACCCGGCUCCAGCGAGCCCCACCUCGGCAGCGCAGCUCAAAGGAAAGAUCAAAAGGCGCCGUGUGUUGCGCAGGAUCGUCAACGUCAACGGCCAGGACGUCGUCAUCGAAGGAGAUGACAAGGACAAGCUCUGCGAGGUACUACGGUCCUUGUCAUCCAACGUGUUCAGGCAGAACGGAGGCGACUAUAGCUCGGGACGCGAGAAGCGCACCACUGCGACGGCCGACGGCACGCGCGUCGCCAAGCCUUUCUUCUCGCCCAUGACCAGUCCUGAGUCGUCUCCAGACACCUACAGCUACGUGGACUACGGCAGCAAAUCCCUGUGGGAGCGGUCCAAGCACGCUCCUUCUAAGCUCGCGAUGCCAGAGAUCAUCGUCUCCUCGUGCAGUCCGCACGCUAGCGAAGAAGAGCGCACUCCGGAGAUCGUCGCUGAAGCUUCGGUAGACCGGCGCUGUCCAGAUGCGCUCAGCGGAAGAGCGUCCCCGACUGUCAAGGUUUCACUGAGUGGCAGAGCUUCUCCGUGUGGGACAGUGUCCCCGAGCGGAACUAUCACUCCGAGUGGAAGAGUGUCCCCUGCCGGGACGCUCACUCCGAGCGGCAGGACGUCGCCCUGUGGAAGGACAUCCCCGAGCGCAUUUCCUGAGAUCAGUGAUUUAGACGACCUUUCUUCCGCCACACUAAACUCCCCAAGCGGAGGAAGCAGUGCUGCGAUGGCACUCUUUGUGAGCGAUAUGUUGCGUCAAGAGACGGCGGUGUCCUACAAUGAGGCAUCGCACGAGCUGGAGAUGGUUGCACAUCUGCCCUCAGAUGGUGAAGGCGGAGAUGGAGCGUUCGUCGGAGUGGAGUCACAUGCAGUGAACAAUGACUUUGCGGAGUGCGCUGCGCACAAGCAGCUGGAGAGGACCUUAUCAAUCAUAUCAGAGGAGAGCGACAAGUCGCCUUCCGAUCAAAUGGAGUCGCCGGAAUCGGUGGAUGCCGCAGACAAGAUCGACACCCCACCUUCGUAUGAGUACGCCGUUGCUGAAGCAGACGGCGACCUCAAGCCUAGUCAGCUGCAACCAGAUGAGACUGCCUUCGCGAGCCGUCCUGUUCCCUCUGAAAGACAUAGCCGGAUGUCGGUUCUCGAGAGAGCGAGAUCGCUAGAGAGUGCGUACCCUCAGCCGCCUCCUGUGCAGAGGCAGCUGUCUCAGUUUGACGUGUCGUUGUCUCAGCAAACUACGUUGUCAAAACUUGACGAGUUAUACCUCGACACUGUGAAACUGAAGCAAUUCUUCACUGAAAACUUCAAGAGGACAAUGCAAACAAGCAGCACUACGCAUACACUAAUCUCCUCGGGGGAUCGCGAUGAGUUCGUGUCCGUGAGGGACAUGGUCAAAGUUUGGGAACAUCGGCAAAGCCCGAACCAGUGCGGUAGCCCUGAGCAGAUCAGCCCACGCGGCGAUGGCAGCAACGGACGACAGAACGUCGAGAGGAGGUUUAGAGUAACACAGGUCGCAGCUUCUAGUAAGGAGAACGAACCAGAUUUAGUCAAAGACGCUAUUCAUCCGCAAGCUGCUCGUCGUCAAGUCCCGCGCUCGGUGGACAGUGCCGACGGUUCCAGUGAUCAGUCAUCAGAGGACAAAGGGACGACCACCUCAAGUGACAGAGCGCUGUACAGCAAGACGCAGCGUCAGCGCAGAUGCAACACGCAGGACACCCUCCGGUUUCCCGACAACUGUAGAGUGGAUCGCCACGGCAACACAUGCCGUUCACCGACGGAAAUGGACAGGACCCCGGCCGCACAGCAUGGCUCCGACAAGGCAGAUCGAGGUUCUGCCGCCGUCUGUUGCGACGUCAACGGCACCAGCAGCAGCAGCAGCACUGCGCAUCCCACGACGCGACCCGUCAGCCCGACGCUAGCCGCAUUGCGGAAACGAAACGCCCCUCUGUGCGACUUUCGCGACAGUCAUCUACGACAACACGAUUUUUACCGGAAACCUUCGUACGAGUUUUGGUUCGGCGCUCGCAGUAGCGAAAAAGGGGGCGGCGAGGGCAGCCGCGCCACCGAGAACGACGACCGAGAUUGCCUACUCGGGAGGCAUCCUUCAAUGGCGGCAGGCCGGUCGGACGAAGAUGCUUCCGAAGAGGAGGAGAAGGAUGCCGAAUCCGAGGACGGCAGUGCUUACUGUUCUUCGUGCGAGUACGGUUCCGAAUACAUUGACGACGACUCACUGCACGACUGUUCCCUGAUCCUGGAAUCCUACGCCUCGUUCGAGCUGGUCAAAUCCUCGAGCGAAGUGGUGGGCGGCCUCUACUACGACUGCAGGGAGCCAGACGACGAGCUGUUCGCCGAGCCAACUUCUCGCCCCGAGAAGUGCGUGGCUUCCGGUGCACGGCUCUACUUCGGACAGGUCGGCGCCGAAAAUCACUUCCAGGUCAGCACGAAGGACGCCGGCAAGGGACCCCUCUCGGUCAGCGUGCUAGGCCCCAACGCCAGCUCCGUCAUAAACGUUUCGGUCAGCUACUUCGGCCAAGACAAGUACAGAGUCACGUACAGAGUCAUCGAACCAGGAUACUACAUCAUCCACAUCAAGUGGGCCGAUUGGUCCUUACCGGACAGUCCAGUGAUGUGCAAAGUGACUGCGUGAGCCUAGCGCGUCGGAUGCUCUCGGAACAACGCAGACUCGCUGCGAGCACUGGUCAACACCGCAGUUCUCGCGGAACUCCUGUUCGAGAAUGCAUACAUGCGCCGUUUCGGUCUUACGUUCCUCUACGCAACGGAAGGGUUGCAUGUGCAGUGUACAGAAACUCCCGAUCACGAAACCUUAAUUUAUUGCGAGUCAUUCGCACACAUCUCAUCCAUUCACCGCCAAAUAAAGCAUUCAUGAUAUAUUUACUAUGCA